CGGCUACAUGGUGAUGGCGGACUCCUUCAACACGUCUCUGUUCAAACAAACCUUCCAGAGAGUUUUCACCAAAGACGUGCAGGGAUCCUUUAAGAUGGCCUUCGCUGCCACGCUGGAGGUCAAGACGUCCAGAGAGGUCAAAGUGUCUGGAGCCAUCGGACCGUGUGUGUCUCUCAACGCUAAAGGACCCUGCGUCUCAGAGAAUGAGAUUGGAACAGGAGGAACGUGUCAGUGGAAGAUCUGCGGUUUGGAUGCAAGCACCACGCUGGCUCUCUACUUCGAGGUGGUGAACCAGGUACGAACAGCCGACCUCCGGUCAGAUUG